AUGACGCCGGGCUCCGCGCCCGUCAACCCGGGCGGCCUCUUCGAGUACGGCUUCCCGGGCCCCGUGUCCGACAUCGCGACCCGCGCGGCGCUCAUCUCGAGCUACGACCGGCGCACGCGCAACCCGCACUGGGUCGCCGAGCACAUCACGCCCGAGUCGCUGGCCAAGCGCGACGGCGACCGCAAGAACAGCCAGUUCCUCGAGGACCCGGCCGUGCCCGCAAAGUUCCGCGCCCUGCUCAAGGACUACUACCGCAGCGGCUACGACCGGGGCCACCAGGUGCCCGCCGCCGACGCCAAGUGGUCGCAGGCCGCCAUGGACGAGACCUUUUACCUGACCAACAUGAGCCCUCAGGUCGGCGAGGGCUUCAACCGCGACUACUGGGCGCACUUUGAGGACUUUUGCCGCCGCCUGACGCAGCGCUACCCGUCGGUCCGCAUCGUCACGGGGCCGCUGUACCUGCCCAAGAAGGACCCCGUCGACAACAAGUGGUACGUCAAGUACGAGAUGAUUGGCACGCCGCCCUCCGUCGCCGUGCCCACGCACUUUUACAAGGUCAUCUUUGCCGAGGACGGCCGCGUGGGCGGCAAUGUCGCCAUCGGCGCCUUUGUGCUGCCGAAUGCCCCCAUUGACAAUGCCAAGCCCAUUACCGACUUUGAGGUCCCCGUCGAGGCUGUCGAGCGCGCCAGUGGGCUCGAGUUUGCCAACCAGCUGCCCAUGCAGCGGAGGAGGAGGCUCUGCGCCGACACGACGUGCGCGCUGGUCAUUAAGGAUUAUAGCGAGAGGCAGAAGGCGUUUGCCAAGGGCCGGUCGGCCUCAUCAUGA